AUGUCAGUCUCAGUUUUGAAAUCGAAUGGCUUGCCGUUCCAAUUGCGUGGACUGGGCGCGCGGCUUUAUUCGACCCGCAAGGGUGAAGUGUCUUCUUCCGAUCCACAAAAAGACAUCAUCCGCCGUCACUUGUACCCUCCGAACAUCCGCAACAAAGCCUCUCCUACUGGUACAUGGCGCCCAGAUGUCGCGCGCGCUCUCCAGCGCGCGAUACCCUCUGUGCAAGCGCACGAGACUAUUGAGCGCGCUUGGCUCCUCCAUCAGAGACACCUACGCAAAAAACGGGACGCGGAGCUGCAGCGCAAAUUUAAUUGCAUGAGGCAGGCAAUGCAAGAACUGGAAGAAAUUGACUCGAGGCUGUUUAGGGAAGCAAAUAAGCAAGAGGAUCCAAGAGCGAGGAGCUUGGCUGAGGUGGAGGCCAUGAAGAGUAUGUCUGAACCAGAGAAGCGGGCUGUUGAGUCCAGAGUGAGGGGUUUGUUUCCUAGAGAACUCCGCAUACCAACAGAUACACCGCCGAAGAACGGCUGGCCUAAUGAAUGGAGGGCAUUCCAGAGGCCCCUGGCAUGAGCACAGUCACAGGAUGCUUCCAUCGUUAUCAGGAGGCGCAUACAUAGAGCAUGCUAUCAGUCUUUUGUUCGUUGAGGUCUUACGAUAUACCAGAUACUGGCCGGCUACGAGCACUCGCAAUUUGGUCAGGUAUAUGAGACCUUGUUAUGAAUUUAGCGGGUCUCAACCAAUCAUAACGCAUUCAUCGCACAUGGCGCGUUGUCAGACAUGCCAAAACUUAUCUUGAGGAAGCAAGUGACGUCGUUCAUGUCGAAGGAAAGCCCUUUGUUCAUCCUUAUUCUUAUGUGGAGGUCGGCAUCGGCAAUCAUAUGGUCUUGGCGAUGCGGUGGGCGUGUCUUGUGCGGCAAGUCCUGCCUUUUUGGCGGAAACACUGGAGCACGACCCUGGGUGCGAGCUGAUUCCGUUGUACAUUCAUUACCAUCCAUCUGAGCACAAAUCACGUCUUAAUUGUGAAGUUGCUGGAUCCUACAGGUCAGGUAACUUGCGCUCAGAGUGCCA